GCCACAGGGAAGUCAGAACUGCACAACAGAGGAUUUUCAGGCGAAGAACCCUUGUAGGAGGUGGAACUCUUUGAGUCGUCUUCUAAGUCACAGGUUGGACUUUCACCCUGUGUUUCUGCUGAUCCAGGUCCACGUUCUCUGCUGAAGUAGAAUGAGCGCUCUACAGAAAUCCCCGAGCCUCCUCCGCUCCCAGUCUGCCUCCUCCCUACACCCGCUUCCCGUGGCAUCCCGUAUCAACACACCACAUCCAGGGAUACUGAAGGAUGCCGGUGCAUCGGCCGAGGUGACCAUCAAAGAGCAACAGCCUCUGCAGAAGGAUAGUUUUGUGCUACUCAGGAUGGAGAAACUAAAACUACAGAAAUCAGAACGGGAAAACAUCUCUGCAACAGCCUCCACCGCCCUCGCUGAUGGUGCGAUGGAAACAAAGAACGCUGAACGUCAGGAAACUCCUCAGGAGAAAUUUGACGUAACUCCAGCAAACUGCAAAGUCCAAUGUGAUUCAGGAUCAUCUGGGGAUGAACAAGAGGGAGAGAGUGAUGAGAGUGGAGAAGACAGUAGUUCCAGCGAGCUUCUCAGCAGCUCUGCGGAAGAGGUGCCGAUUUUGAAAAGGCUGGGACUCCAGAGGGAAUUCUACACGGAGAAGGAAGCAGAGACUGCGUUCAUACACCUGUCUCUCGCUUUCAAAUCCGACGUCUUCACAUUGAAGGAAAGGCUGCAGGUGGAAGAACAUGCCCGGGAUGUUGCCGAGGAAAACGCCCAGGAGGAGCUGGAGGGAUGCAAGGAGAUAUUGCAGAGACUGGGGGCUAUCUGCACAGAUGGGAGGCGGCAGAAGAUUGUGAAGCAGUUGGAGGGCUGCCUUCAUAUCCUGGAAACUUCCAUCACUCGGGCCAGCAGCCAUUCCGAGGUUUUGGGAGCCUUGCACCAGGAGGCGCGAGUGAGCCAGGGGAUGCAGGUGAUGAUCCAGCACGCGAUGAACCUGAAAGGUCUACACGCCAAGGAGCGGGCCGAGCUCCAGGAGAUGAAGCGGAUUGUCCAGCAGAAUUCCCGGAACUGGCCCUUCAGAGAAACCAGAGAUGACGUGGACUUUCGAAAUAAGCAUCAAAUGAUGAGAGCGAUACAUCAGAGCACAGCCCGUAGAAGAGUGAGCAUUGCUGUGAUCCCCAAGCAGCUGAAGAUUUUCCAUUGUCCUGACUCCAAAAUGGCUGACAGAGAAGAGACUGGAUUGGCUCAUAAAUCAGCACCACACUCCGGGGAGAAUGGGCAGCCACUUGAUGGUACACUGCGGAAUCCUCAUGAAGAUUUACCUGAGAACACAGUCUCCAAUCUGUCCCGUCAAACACCACUUCUUGAAAGCAGUGAAAAGGAAGAUGAAGGCACCCUUGUUGAUGGGUCGCACAAAAGGAGAGGUUUGGAAGAAAUUGCAAUCUGCAAAUCUACUAGUCUAGAAGAAACCUCCACGCCGUCAUCAGAUACUCCAGAAAGCUCGGUCCAGAGAUGCAAGCAGGAAGAGACGGCUGGCAGUGCAACAGAGAACGAAGCAUCGAGUUGUGACUUGAAUGAGAGGGACUCGGAGAAGGAGGGUGGAGACGAGAGCAGCCCAGACACAACAAGCGAGGGCUCGUUGACUUUGGAGUGCCUUCCCCCAUCAACUGCGAUGUGGUCGUCCCUCUCAACUUCCCGGAAGAUGAUCACCUUUGCUGUGUUCACCCUCACCCUCACCGUCGCAUGGAUGCUUGCGUACCUAACUUAAUGAGUAAUCAGGAUUGUUGUGUAGUUUAGAGAAACAGCGCGGAAACAGGAUC